UAUAACCAACAUAACAAAUGUACUUGUUUUACUGUUAAUACGUUAUUUUGACUUCAAGCUAAUAGUCGUUUUGCUCUGCACUUACCUCAUUGAAUUUCGUUUAUCUUAAAAACUAUUAUGCAUUUCAAGAGUGCAGUUAUUGUCUGCGCGGUGUAUUUCUUUACAUCAGCAUGGAGCUCUGGACUAAGUAGGAAUCAAAUAGAAGAACUUAUUGAACUGUACAACAAUCACGAAAAUCAAAACAAUAUUCCGAAAAUCACAAAUCUUAUGACCAACUUUUUUGGAAUUAAAAAUCACGAAGAGGUUUUUACAUACAACAAAAAUGAGGCCAAAUAUGCAAAUUUUAAGAAUUUAUUGAUAGCGUUAGCGUAUAAAGAUAAGACAUCUGACAACUUCAUGGAUUCAAUGCUGACGCCUUUUGAAGCAGAGUUUUAUCUCAAAGAGUUCAUUUUACACUCUGAAUAUUAUAAAUUUCAACCACAAGAGGGAUACCUAACUCGUCAACAAAUAUCAGUUGUAUUCGAACACUUAUUUUUUAAAGAUGGCGAUAUAGCUACAGCCGACAAUUUAAUUAAUAAAUUUAAAGGCAAAAAUGGCGACGACUUUGAAAUAGAUGUAGAUAAAUUGUCGGAUAUCCUGUCGAAAGUUAAACUAAUUAAUGAAUUAAAAGCUAAAAAUGGCGACGACUUUAAAAUAGAUGUAGAUGAACUGUCGGAUAUCCUGUUGAAAGUUAACCCACACGUAUGUGAGUCUUCAAAUGGGACUAAGUCUGACAUCAUUAAGAUCAUUGGAGAAGACAAAAAGCUGACUUAUAAAGAUCUAUUAGUUGUAUUUGAACGAUUAGGAGUUGAUAAAAAUGAUAAGUCAUGGGUAGAAGUAUUAUGUGGCUAUGUAGUUACCGCACCGGAAUUCUUGUUGAUCAUAAUAGAUAUUCUACCGGAAGGCAAUGGUCUAAGCGAAGCACAAAUAGGACAGUUAAAUGAAUUGUAUACACGUCGUCAAACUGCAUCUGGUUCAAUUGACAAAGAAUAUAUACAACCCGUCUUCGAAGCUUUUGAAAUGGCUACUAAGGAGCAUAACCCGUUAUUGAAAUUUAAAACUGACCGACCCGCUGCUAAAGAGUUGAUGGAUUUGAUGCUGGUUAUGGCAGAACGUUCUAAGACAGAUCACGGCGAUGAUGAGGUAGUUUUACGUACAGAUGAUGUCAGAAUAUUAUUAUUUCAAUUCACACAAUUUGAUAAAGACGGAAACGGUAUACUUUCCGAAACAGAAUCGACAACAUUCGUGAACGAAUUUCGCAAAAAUAACCCGGGUGUUGAAAAUAUAUACAGUUUUGAUGAUAAAGAAAUAAACAUCGCGGAAUUCUUUUACUUCCACAUACAUUGUAAACAUCAAGGCAACAAUAUUAAUUAUAAUAUUUGAAGUAUUUAAAUUUAUUUAUCAAUUAUAAUAUUUUAAAUGUAUUUAUUAAUUUUAACAUUUAAAAUAUUGCCGUUUUAUUGUCUAUCAUACUAAAAUACAAUUAUUUUUUUUUUGUCACGGGAUUUGUAAUAAUAAGUAAUAUAAUGAUUAAAUCCGUGAUUAAACGAUUCAGUACCU